AUGAAGCUCUCCGAGGCCUGGUCAUUAGUGACGAGAGACGACGACGACCACAAGCCUACUAGUAACGUCCUCCUUUACGGCGUGCCGGCUAUUAUUACCUGCGUCAUCGUGGUGGUUGCUGUUUCCGUCUGUGUUUUCCUUCAUUUCAGAGGCCGUAAAAGGCUGCUCCGUGAUGACCCCAACGAUAUCCCAAUAUCGACAAGGCGCAGGGCGUUUGCAGCGGGAAAUAAUCGCCGGACAAUGGACAGCCCAUACGAUCACCGACCGCCCAUGAACGAUAGUCCUUAUGUACGCGGGGCCACUUCUGCGGGGCACGAGCCAGGGGCAGCCUCGAAAGAUGACUAUGGGGAUCUCUAUGAGCUCCCAUCUUACCAAAGUUCUCAGGCGACACUCAAACAUUCGGACAGCGAUAAACGUAACUUGACGGGCAACGACAAGUCCGCUGAAUUCCGUUAA